AUGUCGCAGAACCUAUGGCCGAAGGAUGACUGGAAUACCCGUGGACGCGUGCUCUUCGGCCUGGGUUUACUGAUCGGAGGCAAAUUGCUGAAUGUGCAGGUUCCACUGAUAUUCAAGCAAAUCAUAGACACGCUCAACGUCGACAUCACUGCUGGCUCAACUGUUUGGAUUGUCGGAGGGUCUCUCAUCCUUGGCUACGGCGCGGCCCGUAUUGGUGCUACGUUGUCUGGGGAACUACUCAACGCAACGUUUGCGAGCGUGGGCCAGAGCGCAGUGCGCAAGGUAGCAAGGCAGACAUUCGAACAUCUCCUCCACCUCGAUCUCAAGUUCCACCUGUCUCGACACACGGGUGGGCUGACCCGUGCUAUUGACAGAGGCACAAAGGGAAUAACCUUCCUCCUUCAGGCCAUCAUCUUCCGCAUAGUUCCCACAGCGCUCGAAAUCUCGCUUGUUUGUGGUAUUUUGACGUAUAAAUUUGGAUGGGACUUCGCAGCUAUUACCCUGGUGACCAUGGCCGCAUAUACCUGGUUUACGGUGCGCACAACGUCUUGGAGAACACGUUUUCGAAGAGAGGCAAACAGCGCGGACAACAAAGCUGCGACGGUCGCGGUCGAUUCUCUCAUUAAUUACGAAGCUGUAAAGCAUUUCAACAACGAGAAAUACGAAGUCGCGCAGUACGACAAGCAUCUGUCAGCGUAUGAGAAAGCGUCGAUCAAGAUCGCGACUUCGCUAGCGUACCUCAACUCUGGGCAGAACGUCAUCUUCUCGAGUGCUCUCACUAUGAUGAUGUUCCUAGCCGCCCAGGGAGUGAUAAACGGUACCAUGACGGUUGGCGAUCUCGUAAUGGUCAACCAGCUAGUAUUCCAGCUCUCGCUGCCUCUCAACUUCCUCGGAACCAUAUACCGCGAGAUGCGGCAAAGUCUUCUUGACAUGGAGGUCCUAUUUAACUUGACGACGCAGAACCAGCCGCCAAAGGACAAGUUCGACGCUAAGCCGGUCGACCUUCAUGGCGGAGCUAUCACCUUCGAGAACGUCAGCUUCGGAUACCACCCAUACCGCCCUAUCUUCCGCGACAUUUCGUUCACCAUUCCCGCUGGGAAGAGGGUCGCUCUCGUCGGUCCCUCGGGUUGCGGAAAGUCCACUGUCUUCCGCCUACUCUUCCGGUUCUACGAGCCCUCAUCCGGGCGCAUUCUCGUCGAUGGGCAAGAUAUACGCGACCUGCAGAUCGCAUCACUUCGACGUGCGAUCGGCGUUGUUCCGCAAGACACGCCGCUCUUCCACUCAGAUGUGCUGCAGAACAUCCGGUAUGGUCGUUUAGACGCAAGCGACGAGGAGGUCAUGGAGGUAGCGAAGAAGGCGCAUGUACACGAAGCGGUCAUGCGGCUUCCUGAUAAGUACAAGACGAAGGUCGGAGAGCGAGGCUUGAUGCUGUCUGGCGGAGAGAAGCAGCGUCUCGCGGUCGCUCGGGUGCUCCUCAAGGAUCCACCGAUUCUGUUCUUUGACGAAGCGACGUCGGCGCUGGACGCGCACACAGAGACGGAGCUGAUGCGGAACGUGAACAGCCUGCUGUAUGAGAAGGCGCGCACUAGCGUCUUCAUCGCGCAUCGUCUUCGCACCGUCGUGGAGUCCGAUCUGAUUCUUGUCCUGAAGGACGGCCAGGUCGUCGAGCAGGGCACGCAUGAAGAGCUUAUGCGUGCAGGGGGUCUAUACUACAGCAUGUGGCAGCAACAGGUGUCCGACAUCUCUUCUGAUGCCGCACUACCUGAGUCGGCGACUCAGCAAUCACUAUGA